CCGAUGUAUCGAAGGACCUUUAAACCGUCCAAGAUUGCAACACGGGAAAACACCAAACUUCACCAAACAAAACAACUAAUUCCUACCAGUCUCCAUCCCGGGAGACUUAAAUACGCGCCACGAUGCCCCUGAACAACGAGCGUCCGUCCUCCACCUCCAGCGACGGCGAGUCAUCGACGUCGUCGGGGCGCUGCGACAGCACCGCGUCGGCCAGCGACACCGACUGCUCGCGCGAGAGCUUCACCAGCGACGGCUCCAGCAAACACUGCACGCCCUCCUCGAGCCCUCCCAAGACGCCCACCCUGGACGAGGUCAUGGGCUCCGCCAGAGAUCUCUCCAACCUCAGCUUGUUCCACGAGAUCGUCGUCAACCGCGACUUCCACCUGGAGCCGCACGCCAUACCCGAGGACAGUUUAUGGAAGAUGGUCCGCGACAACGUCCACAAGGCAUUCUGGGACAUCCUGGAGUCGGAGCUGAACGACGACCCGCCCGAGUACCAGCAAGCCAUCAAGCUGCUGGAGGAAAUCCGAGAGAUUUUGCUGUCCUUCCUCAACCCGGGCUCCAACCGCAUGCGGACGCAGAUCCUGGAGAUGCUGGACAUGGACCUGAUCCGGCAGCAGGUGGACAAUGACGCCGUGGACAUCGCGGGCCUCGCCUCGUACGUCAUCGGCGUCAUGGGAAAGUUGUGCGCGCCCGUCCGCGACCACGAGAUUAAGAAGCUGAGGGAGAGCACGGGCAACAUUGUGACGCUCUUCAGGGAGAUCUUCCGCGUGCUGGACCUGAUGAAGGCCGACAUUGUGAACCUGACCAUUGACAACCUGCGGCCUGUCAUGCAGAAGCAGAGCGUGGAGUACGAGAGGACAAAGUUCCAGAGCAUCCUGGACAAGACGCCCGGUGCUUUGAAGCACACCGCCGCUUGGAUCAAAAUGACUUUUGAGGAGCUUCUGUCCACCAUGCCGAGCAAUCAGGGAAAAGGACAGCUGUGUCUACCUGGACCCUUCCAAGUCCUUAAUGUAGCCUUCGUACAUAUCCUCAUGUGGGACUACACCGAGCACCCGCUCCCUGAGACGUGGAUGACGGACGAGGGGCGUCUGCGGGAGGUGCAGGCGCAGCUGAGGCAGUGGCAGGCGGUCAACGAGGUUCUGCUCAUCGUUCACAGCACGGUGGGCGGGGCCGUCCAGGGCGUGGCGGCCCUGUCCGAGCGCCUCAAGAGGAUGACCGCCGUGCUGCUCGACCACACGCGCAACCCGACUUUUAGCCUGCAGGAUGCGCUGGUGGGCGUCAGCGCUCAGACCUGCAGCGAGCUGAACAAGUCCCUGGCGGAGAGGGGCUACCCCACGUUGAGCCCCGCGAUGCAGGCCACCCUCACGGGCCAGAUCUGCAGCACCGCCCGCAAAGACAACCCCAUCCGCACUCUCGUCGAGGACCGCGUGCAGCACUACUUCACGGCGCUCAUCUGCGAUCCCAAACCUCAAGCCAGACUGGAGCAAACGCCCGCCGGCCUCACCGCCAUCCGCUCGGAGCUGGCCUCGCUGGCCGCCAAGUUCCUCUCCCUGGUCAACUACAACAAGGGCGUGUAUGGACCUUUCUACGCCGACAUCAUCAGGAAACUGAUGUUCAGCAACAGCCCGCCGCCACCGUCGCCGUCACCGCCUUCCCCUCCUCAAGACUCUGUCACCUCCGAAUAAACCUAUGACGUCCAUUUAGUUUCUUCGACAAGACACCAGAAUAACAAAUUGAGCUUGCUUUGCUCGCAGCGAAGUUUUGAAUACAGUACAAUGUCGCCCAACCUUUAUCUCGCCAAACAUAACAAAAACACUGAAAUAAUGAAGAUGGGCCUGUUUAGUUUUAGAACACAAAGCUUUUAUUCUGUCGUAUGAAUAGCAACGGGCUGCCAUUUAGCGGAAGAGCAUUUCAUUUUUCUGCCUGUCACUAUAUGUCGAUGGCAUAGACAGAUAGAUCAACAAUACAUUGUGUUUCCCACAGGACAUCCGGUGAAAAUGUUUGGGAAUCACUGGUUUAAUUUAUACCUACUUUUUAGCAUCGUGUCAUUUUGAUUCUUACAUGCAAAUGUAGUGAAAAGCUCUAGCUUUUUAAAGCAGAUUCCUAUAUUUACAAAAUAGCACAUUAUGACUGUUUUAAAGUUGUAUUAUAUAUAUAUAUAUAUAUAUAUAUAUAUCAUACUACAAAGCUCUUAGCUUCUUAAAGGAGCUAUUUAAAAAAACUAUGGAUUUUUUUUGUAUGUUGUAUACAUGGAGCAUUUUUGUGUGUCAAUUUGCCAAAUGUUUGCGCUAUACAUCAGUUUAUUCUCUUUGUGUGAUGGGGGAUGUUUGUUACAUGGCUCGGUACUGUAGUUUGUUACCAUAUUCCUGCAUUGGUUUGACAGAACCCGCGUGGAGACAAAGAAGUCAAAGGUGCUGAGCUGCAGAGGGAUUCUGCAUCCAAUCUGGAUCCAAAGAUGCGCAAAACAGAAAAGAAAUUAUUUACCUUAACUGAAGUUUACAUUAAAAAUGGGUUGUUUUCUUCUGUACUACAGCAAUAUAAAUAAAAAUGUAA